CACCCCUCUAUUCCCAAAUCCCAAAUCCCCGGGCAGCGCCGCCCUCCCUCCUCCCGUCCCCGGGGUUUUUUUGGGAAUUCUCUCCCGAAAAUCCCAUUUGUCACAGAUUUAUUCGCGCCCUCUUUGCAUAUCCAGGGAAUCCCGAAGCCUUUCCCGGCGGAUCCCAAAUCCCGGGAUUCUCCCCGGGGGUUUUUAGGGUCGAUUUGAGCCUUUCCCGGGAAUUUUUUUUUUCCCGGGAAUUUUUUUUUUAUUUUUCCAGGAUUUUUCUGGGAUUUCCCUCCCGGGGGAGCUCUUGCAUAGCCAGGGGGAAGAAAAAAUGGGAAAAAAGAGCAGGAAAAUGGGGAUAAAAGCGGGAAAAUCGGGAUAAAAGCAGCAGGACCUCUGAGGAGUCGGAUCCUGGGGUUAAAAUUCCCUAAAAAUUCAGGAGAUUCCCUAAAAAAUCCCCUCCAAGCCCAAGCGUUCCAGGAAUUUUGUUGGGAAUUUCAAUCCUGACUGGAUUUUUUUUUCCUAUUUCUUUUUUUUUUUUUUUCCCAAAAAAAAAAUUCUGGGAAAAAUCAGAGCGGGGAAAAAAUUGGGAAUUUUGUGGGGAAAAAGUGGGAUGGGAGUGGAGGGAUUUGCAUAAAAGCUCCGGGAUUUUCCAGCAGGGCUCAUCCCGAGUUCCCGGGAGGCCAAAAUUCCCAAAUUUUGUGGGAUGAUCCCAAAAUAAAACCCCCGGAGGCGAUCCCGGAAUUCCCAGAGCCUGGAAUAAAGUGCAGAAUGUCCAUGGGGGGGAAGGGCAGCGGGGAUGGGAAUUCCCAAAUUUUAAAUAGGGGGAGAAAUAUUCCCGUGGGAAAAGGGGGGGCUGAGCUGGAGAGGGGCCGGGCUGGGGAUCCCAGAGUUUGGGGUCUGGUGGGAAUUGGGGAUCCCAAAGUUCUCAGUCCAGGGGAUCCCAAAGUUCUGGAUCCGUUGGGAAUUGGGGAUCCCAAAGUUCUGGAUCCGUUGGGAAUUGGGGAUCCCAAAGUUCUGGAUCCCUUGGGAAUUCCAGAUCCCAAAGUCCUCAGUCCAUGGAGAAUGGUGGAUCCCGAAGUUCUCGAUCCACAGGGAAUUGGGGAUCCCAAAGUUCUCAAUCCAUGGAGAUCCCAAAGUUCUGGAUCCAUAGGGAAUUGGGGAUCCCAAAGUUUUUGAUCUGUAGGGAUCCCAAAGUUCUGGAUCCAUUGGGAGUCGGGGAUCCCAAAGUUCUUAUUCCAGGGGGAUCCUGAAGUUCUCGGCCUGUUGGGAAUUGGGGAUCCCAAAGUUCUGGAUCCCUUGGGAAUUCCAGAUCCCAAAGUUCUCAUUUCACUGGGAAGUGAGGAUCCCAAAGUUCCUCGAUCCAUUGGGAGUUGGGGAUCCCAAAGUUCUCAGUCCAGGUGGAUCCCACUCCCCUCAUUCCAAGGAAAACCCACCUGGAGCAGGAGAUCCCAACCUUCUCCCCGGCGUCCCUCCGGAGCCACGGAACCAACUCCGGGAUCGAGGCCCCUGAGGAGCUCCCGGGAUCCACCGGGAGAAAUCCUCCCCUGGAAGAACUUCCAGGAUCUGUCCAAAGCUGAAAGAGUUCUUGGGAUCCACCUGGAGAAAUCCUCCCCUGCAACAGUUCCCGAGAUCCACCUGGACAAAUCCUGCGUUGGAAGAACUUUUGGGAUCCACCUGGACAAAUCCUCCCCUGGAAGAACUUCCCGUGUCCAUCCACACCAAUCCUUUGCUGGAAGAUCUCUUGGGAUCCACCUGGACAAUUCCUUCGUCGAAAGAGUUCCUGGGAUCCACCUGGACAAAUCUUCUCCUGGAAGAUCUCCGGACACCACCCCAACCAACCCUCCCACACCCCGCGACGAUCCGGCCUCUCCGUCCACUCGAUCCGCCGCGAUCGUGGUGGCCACCGUGACCGUGAUCAUGGAGACUGGCAUCAAGGUGACCACAACCAUGGUGACCACAGUCAUGGUGGCCACCACCACGCUGACCAUGACCACGGUGACCGGGAUCAAGGUGACCGCCAUCAUGACGACCAUGAUCAUGGUGGCCACCAUGACAAUGACCGGGAUCACAAUGACCGCAAUGAUGGUGGCCACCACCACGACAACUGGGAUCACGGUGACCAGGAUCAAGGUGAUCACAGUCAUGGUGGCCACCAUCAUGACGACCAUGAUCAUGGUGACUGGGAUCACGGUGACCACCAUCACGACAACCAUGAUCAUGGUGACCGGGAUCAAGGUGGCCGCCAUCAUGGUGGCCACCAUCAUGACAACCAUGAUCAUGGUGACCAGGAUCAAGGUGGCCACCAUCAUGACAACCAUGAUCAUGGUGACCAGGAUCAAGGUGGCCGCCAUCAUGACAACCAUGAUUAUGGUGACUGGGAUCACGGUGACCACCAUCACGACAACCAUGAUCAUGGUGACCGGGAUCAAGGUGGCCGCCAUCAUGGUGGCCACCAUCAUGACAACCAUGAUCAUGGUGACCAGGAUCAAGGUGGCCACCAUCAUGACAACCAUGAUUAUGGUGACUGGGAUCACGGUGACCACCAUCAUGACAACCAUGAUCAUGGUGACCGGGAUCAAGGUGGCCGCCAUCAUGGUGGCCACCAUCAUGACAACCAUGAUCAUGGUGACCAGGAUCAAGGUGACCACUGUCAUGGUGGCCACCAUCAUGACGACCAUGAUCAUGGUGACUGGGAUCACGGUGACCACCAUCAUGACAACCAUGAUCAUGGUGACCGGGAUCAAGGUGGCCGCCAUUAUGGUGCCCACCAUCAUGACAACCAUGAUCAUGGUGACCAGGAUCAAGGUGGCCACCAUCAUGACAACCACGAUCACGGCGACCGGGAUCAAGGCGACCGCCAUCACGGCGGCCACCACCCUGCCGACCGCCAUCACGGCGUGUAGGCGGGCGGCGGCUGGAACUGGUUGACCACCUCGUAGUCGGGGCCGUAGGGCUCGGCCUCCUCCAUCUCGGAGAGCAGCUCCAGGGCCUGCUCCUCCUCCUCGCUGGGGUAGUGCCGCAGCAGGUUGGCGGCCGUGGCCAAGAUGGAGGCGCCGCCGGCGCCGGCCAC